GGUGGUCCAGUGGCUGCCGGUCGGGCUGGGCGGCGCUGGCUGCUGUGCGGGCGGCUGGCGAGGGAGCUCUUCCUCUGAACACUCUGCUCAGCUCCCUCGCGCGCCACAGAGUGAGGCAGGGAGCCGGAAUAUGACGUCAUCAACCCGGCUCCCAGCCUCACUCUGCGACGCGUGAGGGAGCUGAGCAGACUGCUCAGAGGAAGAGCUCCCUCGCCAGCCGCCCGCACAGCAGUCAGCCCGACCGGCAGCCACUGGACCACCAGGGAGAAAGAGGAACCCCCCUCCACAGCAUUCCCAAAGGUAAGGAGGGGCGGGGGGGGUUAAAUUAAAAAAAAGUGUUAAUGUGUGUGUGAGACUGUGUGUGUGACUGACUGUGUGUCUUACUGUCUGUGUGUGUCUGACUGUGUGUGUGUGUAUCUAGAAGGGGGGGAAGGGUUGGGUGGGGGUGGCGUGGGGGGAGGGGGGUGCAUGAGUUUUGUCCUGCCUAGGGCAGCACAAAACCAGGACACACCACUCAUGACACUGGUGUGAAACCAGUUAUUCCAGAUUCCAGUAUCGUUUCUUAUGAAAUGGUCAUUAAACAUUUUGCAGAGUAGUCCUUCGUGGUUGAUUACAUAAGAGCAAGAAGAGCAGGUUAGGAGGGGGGAAUCAUUUUUGUUCUUGUUUAACCCCUUAAGGACCAAACCUCUGGAAUAAAAGGGAAUCCUGACAUGUCACACAUGUCAUGUGUCCUUAAGGGGUUAAUGGAUUUUCCUACACUUUUCACAUUUGUCCAAUAGUAAAGUCUCUCAUGUGAAUAAUAGUCAUGAUAGGGGCUACCCAUGGUAAGUGUCUAUAGGAAAAAUAUAUAAUUUACAGCCAGUUGUAUGUUCUUUAUACACUCUAGUGUACAGAAUGAAAAAUGCAUUUAGAAGUAAGCCAACACAAUGCAAGGUUAUUAAAGGAAAGAAAAACUAUAAUUAUUGGGUUGUUUUUUUCCUCCUAAAUCUUUUUAGUUUUAGCUUAAGGCAGAGUUUAAAAAUUGAAGUUCUACACUAUUAGCCAAGGCUGAACUUACUUGCCACUGCAAAUCUGGAGAGUCCCUUCCACACUGACCAGGAGUAAAUUUCUAUUCACUGGGAUACAUUAUUACAUGCCAAUGGCCAUUUGUGAGUAUAAAUGUUGAGCCCCGGCUUAAAGGGACGCUAUAGGCACCCAGACCACUUCAGCUCAUUGACGUUGUCUGGGUGCAGUGUCCCUGUCCCUGUAACCCCGCGAUUGUAAUUAUUGCAGUUAUUGAUAAACUACAAUAAUUACCUUGCAGGGUUAACUCCAUCUCUAGUGGCGGUCUACAAGAGGUGCUAGAUAUUCCUAGUCUAUAGUUUCCCUUUAGGGCAGUUACUUGCUGCGCAUUUACAGAGCAGAGUACAAGUAGACCGCAUUCACAGCAGCGUUCACUUCCCCUGUAAGCAUGUUUUCCAUGACAGAAGUUGUAUGUAACAUUUAUGUGGUCAUAAUUCUAGUAGGAUGCCUAAAUAUUUGCAAUUGUCUUUCUGAUAUAAAUAACUCCUAACAAUGACUUUCCUUUUAUACCCUCAGCAUCUUCCGCCACUGUGGAUGUGGCAGGUCUCGUGGCUGGGCUUAUAGCUGGUCUUGUAUUGCUGCUGAUGGCAGGGGCUAUAAUUCUGUACUGUGUACGAUACCGAGCCAAGGAGUCUGCUAGAGGGAGGUGAGUUAUCCAUAUAAAAAUGAGCCAUUUAAUAAUCUUGAGGUUUUUUUUUUUUUAUUCUUUAUUUUUGCGUUGUGCUUAUGGUUACAAACAUGUUUGCUCUGCCACAACAGCAGGAGCAAGCGGUUCAAGUAAUAUAACAUUAUGGCAGUUGAGGUUUGUGCACAUUUUAGAUUUUUGGUAUCGGACAAUAGGUGAAAAUGUGUAUGUCAGCAGGAGCGGUUUAUAGGACUAACAGUGUCACUUUUCAAGAUUGUCAGGUGUGGCAUUUCAGGUGUUCGUGUGAUAUUGUGCAAGAAGGUCAAUUGUUUUGGGUAAUCUGGAGAGCUGUACAGUAGUUGUGUUCAAGUGUAAUGUGUCACCGGGCUUGUAGUGGUUCGGGAUAGUGGGUGACCCAGGUCGCCGUUGAUAUAUAGGGUUGCGCAGGCUGACUUAUAGGGCGGGUCAUGUGUCAAGAUGUCCAGGUCAGGCUUUAGGUGAUCAAGUGGUGGGUCUUUGGUGAACUGGGCAUCCGUGUGUCUAGUUGCCAGGGCUCACCAGAGGUGGUUUGCCCCUGACCUAGGGGGUGGGGGGGAGGGGAACUGUAAGGUUCCUGCCUCUCCGACAGGUGUGUAGAGCCACCAUCAUGUGUCGGUCUUCCGGGAGUCAAUGUUUUCAUGUAGAUUGUCAGGUGUAUGAAGCAUAGUAACAUAAGCUGAACUAGAAAUUAGCAAUACAGUAGCUAUAAACAUAAAUGAAACAUUUCUAAAUGAAAAAAAUGCGAUAUGGCACCCCUGCGGUGCGCAAUUGGCC